AUUAUGUUUAAAAGCGCGCAUGAAGUUGGAUGUUGUGUACAAUUAAUGAUGGUUUAUGAAACUUGACUUAGCAUUUCAAUUUCAACUCGAGUUCCCGUGGUUAGUAUUAUUUCCACAUCUAUAGCAAACCGAUAAGGGAAAAAAGUCCCAGCAAUUGUCUAAAAAAUGACGCCUGGAGGGUCCGUAUUGUAGACAUCUGGAUAUGAAACAAAGGUGUUUGAUGUGACAAACUUUGUUCGUUGUAACUCGUAUAACAAACUUUUCAAUGUCUUUCUGUGCAAAAUAGCCGUUAUAUAUCCGAAGUUGUCUCCCUGCACUAAACUUAGCCGAAACAUCAAUACAUUAUUUAUUAGUAUUGAUGAAAAUCGCUUCUUCAGUUAUUUAAAACAUUACCUACGGUCCCAUAACAACAACCGAAGGUCGAUAUGAAGGGUGCGGGUGGAUAUAUUUAGAUGUCAAUUAACUGUCACUGAAUUUAAAUAAAACCGAUUGUCACUUGACAUUUUGGAACGCGAUUGUUUUUAAAGAAUUUCUUUUAGACGGGGUAAUUUUCUCAAUGUCAGUCUAUUUGAGUAAUGAACCUUUGGCCUCGGUUAUUAGACUUACAAUCGGGACUAUUUCAAGCAGAGUUUAGCAAACACUGACCUCGAAGAAAUAACUUCGGCAGAGUUCUAUACUAGUCCUUCCGUUUUUCACUCCUCUGCGGAAAUAAGCUUAACGGUUUCUUUGUUCUCAAUAUAAAGUCCACGCAGAUAAGUAUGCUUGCAACAUAAACUGCGCAAGGGUUGACUGUAAUGCGUGCUCUUUCUCUUCUUUUGGAACCCGUCUGCGUUCGCAGGCUACCCGUUUGGUAAUGGUUGCCCUCUGCACACAAUGUAUACAUAAUCUCCUUCGUGUUAAGGUAGCACACGCGAGGGCAGCACAUAAGGCCGUAACAAACGCUUUCCAAUACUGCCUGUCAGGUCCAACAAACCUCUUUCUUUCCUUUUUCCAAUGAUCUUCUUCAUGUCAGUUUCCGUCGUCCUCCUUCAGUCCUCUUCCCUGCCGGAGUCCAUCUCAUGGCAACCCUGACGAUGACUUUCGGGCCAUUCUGUUAAUAUGUCCUAUCCACCGUAUCUCCUCCUUUUAAUUGAUAGUGGCAGGAACAAUGGGCUCCUGUAGUAGUGCCGUAUUUUAUCUGGGGUACUAUAAAGGUCUUCAUUGGAGAUGGUUCUUGGCCAGAAAAUCCUGAGUAUUGAUCCUGAGACAUCUUGUUCAGGAAUACAUUUAUCUUGUGGCAUGCGGAUCGCGAUACCUUCCAGAACUCUCUCUCUCUCUCUCUCUCUCUCUCUCUCUCUCUCUGCAGAUUACCUUUUAAAACUCUGCAAAAGAGCAAAAGAGACUGAGAUUAGACUUCUUAGCCAGCUUCCAUAAGUUGUGCGCUCUUCAACUUUCACGUCUCAUCAGUAUAUAGCCUCUUCCAGACGUCCAGUUUGUUGCGGGGCAACUCCAAAAACUGCUAGUGAAAAAAUAAGGGAGAAGCGCGGCGAAGGAAAGCGAAAGUUCUUUCGCUUUCUGUCGCCGCGCUUAGCUUCUUCUCUAUUUUUUCGCUCGCCGUUUUUUCCGGUUGCGCCCCAACUGACUGAACGCCUGGAAGAGGCUAAUCAGUACAUAUCAAGAAAUCAAAUCUCUUGUGUAUAGAUAAUUGUAUGAAUGAGAGUACAAUUAAAGAUUACACUAACAGCGGUAUUUGAAAAUCUCUAAAACUGGCGCACUCCCUUGCUCUUUCUCUGGCCUUUUUCUGCACUUCUCUCCAACUAACCGAUCGAAUGCUGGAGCCGGCUAAGGGAGGCAGAUGAUUACGCCAUAUCUAUAGAAGUUUCGAACGAAGAAUAUUAAGUCUCCACCAUUCGUAUAAGUGUUCUUAAAUAGCCUGCGAGCAGGACCUCAUGCGUUGCGGCACGAGAACUGAUGACCCAAACACUUCUUUAAGUGUAUCUAAAUUGUUUACAAGAGAUUUGACGGGUACCCGGAUUGCGGUAUGCUGUUCACGACAAAGUGACAGAAUUAAUCGUGUAAAGCCUGCAUGGUUUACGCUAAGACAUUCAAGCACAAGCAAGACGCCCACCGCACAAGCAAAAGCCCAUAGGCAUGCGCAGAAUGGAUAAUUUCGGUUCCAUACCUCCGCGAUACAGGAGAACAAGGUGGCGGACGAUGUUUAUGCUUAUGCUUACAGCAGGGCGUUUUCACUUGACAUAAGCAUAAGCACAAGCACAAGCACAAGAAGAACAAAAAAGUUUUGUUCUGCUUGUGUUUGUGUUGUGGGCGUCACCACCGCGUGUUUGUGUUUAUGAUUACGUUGGGGGCUCCCUCACUAUCGUCCUGGUUAUGUUUGUGCUUGUGCUCAUGUCGUAGUGAAAACCAGGUUUAAUCGUGUUUCAGCAGAGAAAUCAAUUAGUGACUUUUCUGGUGACCAGGAGACUGUUUCAAAGAACUAGAAAUCACGAUGAUAAAUGGAGAUAACGAGUGCUACUUUAAUGCUAUACAUAUGGCACUGCGGACAUGUAAAACAAUUUGAUCCUGCUGAAGCCCUAAACAGUAAACUGUGUUGAACUGGUUUCAGUUGUUCGUAGUAAAGAAGUAAAGGUUAUAUGAGUUAGCUCUCUGCGGCCGAGAUUUAGCGUCCCUUUAACCUGUGUACAGGCUCUCUAGUCGAGGAUGGGGCGAGGAUAGAGCGGGCAGAAAGAUGAAUGAACUUUACUCUAAGCCAGUUCUUUCUCGGCCCUCCAAGCCGCAGUCAAACCCUUCCAGCCGCAGCAUGUGCACAGGCUUGUGUCCCUUGUCCUAAAGGGGCAGUCUCACCAAGAUAUAGUGCUACUUGAAAAUCCAAUGAAGGUGUUGGUAUUAAUUGGAAAUCCACUAGUAGUUGCCUAACCUUGCUAAAAUGCACCAUACUAGUCACGAACGUUGUUCACAACUGUUGUGGUUACGGACGAGUAGGGAAGAAGUGGUCUAAAACUUGAAAACGUCGGGCCUACGUUUUCAAGUGUUACUUGGAGGAAAAUCACUAAAAGUCAUUGAUCUCUUAGAGCUUGAAUUUCUGUCUUUUUUGUCGUUUUAAGGUUAUUUUUUUGAUCAGUGAGUGCACCUUUAUAAUUCCAGCAUAGUUUGCACAAUAUUCUAGUUUGCAAAUUUAAUUUUUGCAAAGCACGUGACCCACAGCUAUAUGUACCUUCUAUCGCAAGAAGAGAGGUGAUACUUGUAAAUACAAUAAAUACUCGGCUUGUUUUAAUGACGUGUGAGAAUACUCACCUUAAACAAGUAAAAAUUUAUCCCCCUUGAGAUCAUUUCCGCCUUAAGUCUGUUCAGACCUGUUCGUGAUUAUUACUUUUUUUAGUUUGUACUAUUUGUAAUGACUCCAAGCCAAGGUAGAUAUUUGUCUGAGGUCUCGGCGGUAGAAAACGCGGCAUUCAUCAAAGACUUUUUCGACACUUAAAUUAGGAGAAAAUGAACAAACGUUUGCCCUUGUACAUCCGGAAUGGUUCAACUUUCCUGUGGAGAAGAGGGUGAGCAGACUGUUAUGAAAUUUCGGUGCUGUUGUUGUUGUUUAUGUAACCUUCGCUUAGGCCGGCACGCAAGGAAACCUGUAAGUUUGCUUUUUGUCGCCUUGAAAGCGGUAGAGAGCGUAUUGUUGAUAGUGGAUUGUUUUACGUUUUGUUUCCUCUGUACACACGGCUGUCAAAGACGGAGUUGAAUUAGCAUACGAUUGAAUCUCGGUCUGCAAACAAGACAUUCUUUUGCAACAUUUUCAGGGUUGUUUGGCAAACGCACAGUCCGUUUGUCUGAUUGUAUAUCGCAAAGUCAGUCACAUGAACAGCAACUUUCUCGCAUUUAAUACCAUGUACCAGUCGUAACAGAAGACCACAGCUCCCCGUGACUGUUUCAGUCUCUCAGUCUGGUGGUGGACGAGUGUUAAAUUAACGAUCCAUUGAACAAGGUCAUCAGAACAUCGAUCGAGAAGAGAUACAGACCAGAAGAAAGCUUUACCGCGACAGACAGAAGUCGCAUCGAACAAUGGCCGAGAACACUACAUCUUUGAACACGACAAAAGAAAACGCGACGAUCGCGAUGCCCACCCCACCCCAGCUGACCGUGGAGGACAUAAUCAGUGACGUUCUGUUUUGCCUGCUCGCCGUCAUGAUCGUGUUUGGUAACUCGCUUGUGAUUGGUGCAUUCAAAGUCAACAGACGACUACGCACCACCACUAAUUUACUGCUAAUGUCUUUAGCAGUUGCUGACAUGCUGAUUGGAUCAAUCUCUAUGCCGCUAUGGGUUUAUACAUCCAUAACGUUGACCCAUAAAGGACCAAUCUACAGUUUUUAUCAGAUCUUCGAUGUAAUCUGUGGGGUUUCCUCGAUACUAAAUCUCACAGCCAUCAGUCUGGAAAGAUGUUACGCGCUUAUUGCUCCGAUACAACACCGGAACAUCAGAAAACGAGUGGUAUUAGCCAUAAUCUUCGUUGCUUGGGUUUUAGCAACGUUGGCUGGAACGAUGAGGGAAUUUUUAGCCGACAAGAACAAGACGUUUUAUGGUGUAAUAGUAACGGUUAACUUCUUUUUCGUUCCACUCACCAUUAUUCUGGGAGCAUAUGGUACGAUCUUUCACAUAGCUAGAGCGCAUGCGCGAGGAAGAGGAGUCAGCUCGUUCAAAAAGGAUCUACGCAUUGCUACAACAGUGGCUGUUGUCAUCGGUCUUUUUCUCAUCUGCUGGACACCUUUUUUCGCCCUCAAUUUUGCAUUUUCCGUGUGUGGAAUCGGCAAAAUGGGGAUGACCACUGGAUGUAAAGGGCUCUGGAAAUUGCCAGGAGUAGUUCUAAAGAUAAACAAAUGGCUUCAAUAUUUGAACUCUGUAUGUAACCCGAUCAUUUAUGGCCUGCGAAAUAAGGACUUUCGGCGAGCAUUCCGCAAAAUAUUGCUUGGUAUGUGCUGCAAAAAGGUUCGUAUAUCGGACUACAGCAAAAGCGCUUACGGGCGCACUGUUCGAAGCGCUUAUCUGCAACGCGAUUCAAGCUUUGAAAACUCGAGAUCAGUUAUCUACCCGCCUCAGGUUCCCUCGGGAAUGUUUGACAUGCGAGAAAGCUACCGCAAAGCGAUUCAAAGUGGACGCAGCAAGCCUAUCAAGCUGAAGUUCAAUAAAAAGAGUCUGGCGGACGGCUUGCUAGCGUUGAACGUUGAUGCAUUUCAAAGCCGUCCUACGAUCGAUUUUACAUCGACCACUCAAUUGGCUUCCUCGUCAGGCGAUACUGUCUCUUCAGCAGAACUUUGUAAUCCUGGCUUCGAAGAAGAUCAAACAGAAACUGGUAUCUACACUAUCGAACAAGCUGCACAAGAGCAGGACUACAACGACAACGUUUCGAGCUCCAAUAACUCUUUUCAUAAAAGUUCUCCGAAGGCUUUCAUGCAGAAUGGAAAAGUCCGGGUUCAUUUUACGCCUUCAAACAACCCAGAAAAUCACGACAAAGGUGAAUCCAAAACCUCGUCUAGACUGGCACCUUUUGACAGAAAACGCUCACUAUCGGAAAUAUUUGCUCGCCCAGGUAACCCAGAAACGGACAGUCCCAAACAGAAACUGCGUUCCUCAUUUUCUUAGUAAGGUCACUAGUCGGCGAAAGCAAAUUCAUCUGUUGGCGGACGUGACGGUUCCUGGACUUGUAUCAAACCUGUUUUUGACUCGAAAUGACGUCCUGGUUCACCGUAACCGGCUGGGACAAGCAUUUAUGAUUGCUUAAGGUUGCAACUGGUGUCCAAAGAACUAAGUGCAGCAGGCUUAACGAAUAAGGUUCUUUCCCUUAGCUAACUACUUAAUGUAGCUUUCCUCUUGGGAUUCCUAAGGAACACUGAGGGAGAAGCCCCUUAACUUGAGGAGGAGCGUGUAAAGCUUUAAAUAGUUGGAAAAAAAAUGAACAUUAAAUCAUGAAAUUAUACUAAUUCUCGUGAAAGUCAGUCGUUGCACGGAGAUAAAGGAGGAUUUGCCAAUUUCGUGUUAACGGUCUUUCAGCGACACAAAUUACAGCUCCUUUAGUUGAACCUAGUUUGACGAAGACAACUCCUGGGGACAAAUUGAGCUAUUUUGAGUCCUGUGACAGCGUCCUCCUGACGAACAAAGCGAAUCAACACAGCAAGGAAUUUAUUCCUUUUUAGAUCUCUACAACAGUUACUUGUAUGAACAUUUUAUGUACCGUAGACUAUUUCUCAGGACACUGCAACUUAAUUAUGUUAUUUUAUAACUUUGUCUUACUUCGUAGGUUGUCACUAAAUGAAGAAUUCAUGCAUAUAUUUUAAUCUCUGUGUAAACUGAUUCUGCUUUGGUCAUGUUCAUUAAUGAUGUAAGGAUACGCGUCCACACUACGCCAGAGAAUUAUAAAAACGCAUGGAAUGUUUUCUGUCCACACUCGGUCAUUUUGUUUUUGUUUUUGAGUAAACCUCGGGCAGGGAAAUAUCACGAUCAUCGUAACCUCAACGUUUUCGAAAAGUUUAGUUUUCAAAAUGUUUUCUGUGUACACUAAAAUGCAAAGCCAGCGUUUUCGAAUCCCU